AGACCCUCGUCGGCUCGAGCGGUAAUCUUGUCUGGUCCGCUGUGGGCCGCCGGGGCCCCCGCGCGCCCGCUCCCGCGGGCGGGAGGGAGAGCUGAAUGGGCUGCGCGGGGAGCAAGGAGGGCCUGCCGACGGAGCCGGCGCCGAGCCCCGACAGAUGCCCGCCUGGCAUCGCACCUCCCGCGGGAGGGCUGCGCAACUAUGCGGCAGGCGCGACCCUGACGCCGGAGGAGCUGUGCAAGUUCGGAUGCGGGAUGAUGGUUUCGGCCAGUGCCGGCGGCAGGAAGUUCGACACGUGUUGCAGGGCCUGCGCCACAAGCGAGAAGCACGACCAGCACGACGAAAAGUGCCGCGGUCCUCCCAAGGCUCCACUGGUGUGCCCAGAAGGGGCCAAGUGCAGGGACCGAAGCAGGCAGCACUUGGCGGAUUUCGUGCACCCUCUGGACCUCGACUACGCGAAGUGUUGCCAGGCCGCCGGUAAAGAGGUCGAGCCGCUCACUCUGAGAAUGGUGUUCGACUGGAUGGAUGCAGACGGUUCGGGGAAGCUCUCUCGGAAGGAGCUCACGGAGGGGAUUACGAUCGUCGGUGAUCUCAGAGGCGAUGAGAUGGAGGACAGACCUGUAAUCUCAGAUAAGGCUUGGAGGGAGGUCGACGCGGACGGCAACGGUGUUGUCAACUUCUUCGAGUUUGCAUGCUGGGCUGGCCCCAGAUGGGGCCUCCCGCUGGGCCUGAAGCGGAGCGCAAGCAUGGCGCAGAAACAUUGCUGUACCGUGUUGGGAUGCCCUUGCACGGAGUUCAAGCCUGGCAAGCUCCACAGGUGCACGAACUGCAAGCACAAGAAAAGUCUGCAUGUUCAGCACGGCGGAGAGGGCGGCGAGGUGGACUAUCCAGCGUACUGGAGCACAAAGUCGGCAGACGUCUGCGAUCUGGUUCCUCUCCCGUCCAGACAAUUGCAGGACUUCCAGGCGCUCUUUGACAGCUCCUACAAAAAGACGUGGACCCGUGACAGGACGAGACACAACCCUGACCGGCCUGAAGUCCCAAAGGGCUACCGGGUGAUAAAUGCAUUCCGGAACGAGAACGGUAAAUUAUGGAGCGAGUAUUUUUCUCGCCUGUCUACGUUGCAAGAUCAGGUGAGGGGCGCCAGCGGUACGGGGUCGCAGUCAAUCGCAGUCUACAAUAAGGAGGUGCGAACUUCGGUGGCUUCCGUCAAGUUCAAUCACGGCGACGUGCUGGCGCACGAUUGCAACGAGUGGUACUUGCUGCACGGCACCAACCCUUCCGCAGCAAAAGACAUUUGCAACUCAGAUUUUACAAUACGAACUGCUGGCUCGAACACUGGCACUUUGUAUGGCCGAGGAUUCGGUUUUUGCCGACUCGAUCACCAAAGCCGACGAGUAUUCAAAGCCCAAUAGUAAUGGGGUCUACGCAGUCCUCGUCUGCCGCGUCUUGGGGGGCCGCGUCCUCUACACCGACGAGGUCAAUCCCGAUCCAGAGGACCUGGUCGAGCAGUGCGUCUCGGGCCCCUACGACACAGUCCUUGGGGACCGCGAGAAGUGCCGAGGAACGUUUAAGGAGUUCGUCCUCUUCGACACGGAGGAUGUCUUCCCCGAGUUCAUUAUCGAGUACCAGUGCGCCUCGGCGGGCCGCCGGGCGGAACCCUCGCCGACGCCUUCGUCUUCGGCGCGCACCUCCCAGAGCUCAUCAGCACCGGAGGAGGGGAAACGCCACAGGCCUCAACUUUUGGUGCUCCGCGCUGGACUUCUGAGAUCCGCGCUGGAGCCCCCGAAAUUACCUUUAUGGAAUCUUUUUCGUCUUCUGCGACAUCCGUUGGGUUGCUUCUGCUGGCUCGAACCCUGAGAGCCGGGCGUUGUAUAUUUGUUGUUGACACGUGGGGUUGCAAACAUGUGGUUCUCCUUCACCUGUCGCGCAAGCGAACUUUUUGUGCCUCCGACUGCUGCCAUCGUUUCGAUGCAAAUGGUGGCCGCGGAUCGCAUGACGACGGUGGAUCGGCGCCUUUUCCACAUGUUGUCGGACAGUAAUAUGAAGUUUCGUGUUCGGACGGAUCCCCGCGGGGCACACGUUGUACAUGCGUGGGCUUCGCGUCGCCCCUGCCGCUGCUCCCGCUGGAGAUCGAAGAAAGGGGAGGAGGGAGAGGGGGGAGGACUGGAGGAGGAGGAGGAGAACGCCGUCACCUGAUCUUGCUCACGGUGCCCUGCUUGAUGGCAAGGCUGCCCUUUCUCGUGCCAGUCAUGCGGUUGUUCGAUGUCCAGCCGCGUGGCAUUGAAUGAGGGGGGGAGGCCUGCGACUCCCAACCCGACGUGGGCUGCUCGCGACAGUGGGGAAGGUGAGCGUGGGGAGCGAAUGGGCCUCUCACAGUGUCGAGGUGCCGCUGGUCGGCUGCUCGCCUCGUCCCCGCGGCACUGUAGGAGCGCAUGCCCGGAGCUCUUCUUUCCUCAGCCACGUCCGCUCUUCUGAACGCGAGAGGGCCACCUCGCAGCAUAGAAGGCCCCGCCCUGGCAGCCUGCCGAUGCAGCUAGACGAACUGCUUCCGAGAAAAACAAGCGGCUCUUGUUUUCCAUCGCGUAUCGGAUUCCGCCUGUCCAUGUGGUGUCGUGGCUACCAUUUGCGUAUGUCGGAUUGGGGUGUUCUUGAGUUGUGUUAUUGGCUACAUUGGGCGCCGCCGCCUGUUCCCAGUGCCCCUGGCCGCCCCGCUCGCCGAUUGGCCCACCCUGUCCACCCGGGAAGCGGAGACCUUUCGCGAGCCACCCGCUGGCUGGUGGGCAGCGCGCCGCCCGGCCCCCCGCUGCCGCGAGAAGCUCGCGUGGGAGGGGGGGGAGAAGAUGCGGUCGCUUGGAUCACGCCUGGCCUGCCUGCCUGCCUGGACGGAGGAUGGAUCACGCCCCUGGCCCCCGCUGGACUGGCGAAUUGCACCGCCGUGCAAAGACGCGGCAGGAGUUCAGGAGAUCCACACGGAAACCCGGCGUGUUUCACACGGCGAUUUUUCAUUGACACAGGGCAUUUGGUGAGUAGGACGAUUCGUGGUCGAACACUGGCGUAACCUGCCAUGCCGACCGACUCAGGCAUCAGCUCGUUUAGUGACAUUACAUCCUGUGUAAUCUUGCCUCGUCGGGCUCAUCCUCGGCUGGGUAUCUGCCAAACUUGCCUCAAGGCAUC